GGCAGGCGGGCGCGGGGGAUCGCUGGAGGAGGCGGUGGCGGCCAAGAUGGCGUCGGAGGGCGAGCUGGGUCGGAAGUGGGACCGGUGUUUGGCAGAUUCCGCCGUCAAGCUGGGUGCUGGUUUUGGGCUGGGCAUCGUCUUCUCCGUCAUCUUCUUCAAAAGGCGGACGUGGCCCAUCGCUUUCGGAUCGGGGACAGGCCUAGGGAUGGCUUACUCCAACUGCCAGCAUGACUUCCGGUCUCCUUACCUCCUCCACGGGCAGUUCGUCAAGGAGCAGUGACGCGGGCCGGAAAGACCCCUCCGUGGCAGAGGAAUGCAGGCGCCUGGGGCACGAUGCCGGAGGAAGAUCGCCGCCUCCCACCCACCCCUUGAGUCGGCAGCCUCCAGGCAGCGCUCGCCCGCGGCUCCCUCCGGCGGCUUGCUCUCGCUCGAAACCAGAUCUUCGUUUUGUAUCUUCUGGCAACGGCAAGGAAGGUGCUGUGCUGGGAAAUGAAAAUAAAAACGGCAAGGGACACACACGUACAAA